CGCUUACACUUUCAGUCACAUGACUUAAUCAUGGCGGAUGCAACAUUCUACGCCAUGCAAAACAUAAACAUGAUGGAUUUGACAUUUUAUGUUUAUGAUUAAGGUUUAACAAUUGUGAACGUAAUAUUUCGGUUUUUGAAUAGCCUAACCAUGUCUCUCCAAGCAUCUGAUAUAGCUGACGAACUAGUCGUUUCCCAAGACGAGGAAGAAGUUGGGUUGCUGACGGGAAGAAAGGGGAAAGAUGCACCUGCAAUUAUCAAAGGGUCGUCCUGGUUUUCCUCUGCGUUCCUGGUGGUCAAUGCAGCCUUGGGGGCGGGACUGCUCAACUUCCCUCAGGCGUAUGACCAGGCCGGGGGCGUCCUCAUUGCCAUCAUUAUCCAGACAAUAAUGAUGGCAUUUGUUGUGAUGGCCAUCUUUGUCCUGGCAUACAUCUCGGACCUGAAUCACAGCGCCACAUACCAGGACGUCAUGCUGUCAGCAUGUGGAAGGAAAGCACAACUAGCGUCCGCCUUUACGCUGCUGGUGUACUGUUUCGGGACUUGCAUCACUUUCCUCAUCAUCAUAGGAGACCAGUGGGAGGAAUUUUUCCUUUUCGUUGCCAAGGAACUAUACUGUGAAGAGCAGCCAAUCUACAUGAACAGAAUUUUCUGUGUUGUUGUUACGUCAUUCCUAUUCAUCCUUCCCCUCUGUUUCCCCCGGAGGAUCGACUUUCUCAAAUAUGCCAGUUUUGUUGGCGUAGUUGGGAUUGUUUAUGUUGUUGUCAUGGUAACCGUGAAGUACUUUCUCCCUCAUAUCCCCCCUGAGAGCGUGAAGACAACACCUGAUUCCUGGAUGGACGUCUUCCUUGUUGUACCAACUAUAUGUUUUGCAUAUCAGUGCCAUGUCAGUAUUAUACCUAUUUACUCCUGUAUGGAGAAGAGAAAUGUGAAGGAGUUCGCAAAGACCAUCUCCGUGGCGAUGUUACUCUGCGUGAUCAGCUAUACAGUGACAGCGGCACUAGGAUACCUCCAGUUUGGUCAGAGCGUCACCAGCGACAUAUUGCUGUCCUUCAAGCCUGAUAUACCCGUGAUUGUUGCGGUGGUGUUCAUAGCCAUUAAGACCUACACAACAUAUCCGAUUCUACUGUUUUGUGGAAGGGCAGCAUUUGAGUCCAUCUGGAUCUGUGUCAGAAAAAUACCUCCAGAAGAUCUUGCUCAAGGGGAGAGAAUGCGACGCAUCAUUACGACUGUUAUCUGGUUCGUGUUGACGGUAGUGCUCGCUGUACUUAUACCCAACAUUGGAGUGGUUAUACAGAUGCUCGGAGCUCUGGCAGCAGUCUUCAUCUUUAUAUUCCCAGGAAUGUGCCUGUUGAAGACAUCACAUAGUCGACUAGCAGAGUCUACAUCAGUUGAAGAACAGCGGAAGUACAAGUUUUCCUACUUUUCCUGCUUUUUCAUCACCUUGGGAGCAUUUAUCUUUGGUUUGACCUUUACUCAGGCCCUAAUGAAGGACCUUGCCCCUGGUGGCAUAAAGCCUGACAAAUCAAAGUUCACAUGUUGACCUUCUGAGGUCAGCAUUUAUCUUUGGUUUGACCUUUACUCAGGCCCUAAUGAAGGACCUUGCCCCUGGUGGUAUAAAGCCUGACAAAUCAAAGUUCACGUGUUGCCCUUCAGAGGUCAUCAAGCUUUGACCUUCAGAGGUCAUCAAGCGUUGACCUUCAGAAGUCAUCAGGUGUUGACCUUCUCAAAGAGAAAACUUCGACCCAUCAUGUUGCCAUUAAUGGUAGUUAUUCCAAAGUAUGAAAUGGAUCUCCUACGAAUGCUUGUAGAAUCACCAGUAUGGCCAUGUAAACAAGUCAGAAAUUCUGCCUUGCCAGUUUGUGUUGAGUGCUAAGGACAAAAAUUGGACGUAGAUGCAUGCAGUAACACAGCUAUAUCUACAGACAAGCCAAGCAAUAGAUAUGGGUGAUUGAGUUUAGUUUUACACCACACUCAGCAAUAGUCCAUCUAUUUGGCAGAGGUCUGUAAACAUCGGACCCGUGAAGAAGAAGAUCCGGGGUAGAAUAGGUCUUCAGCAACCC